UAGCAAUUCUUUUAGUGGCUUCUCUUGCUUGCCCUCAUUUUGCUAAGUCUGAGAGAAUUUCUCUUUCCCUGUGACAGGACCUGAUUCUCAUUGAUCAUCUCUUUUUCUUGACCCGCAUUUGCCCCCCUCCUCCUCUUCUCCCUUCCUUACUUAUAAUAAGUCUCUCUGCCUUUCUCUGUGCAAUCCGUCGCUUCUCCUCCUACCACUUCUCCGUUACACAGUCUUAAGAUCCAACCACCGCCAAGCUUCGCCGCACUCUUUUCCGACCAUGCGAUUUGGCAAAACUCUUCGGAAAUCGAUCUAUCCGCCAUGGAGUGGGAAAUAUAUUGAUUAUCACAAGCUCAAAGUCCUCCUCAGAGAGCAUGAUGUCAUCGGCAACGAUAGCGAUUCCGAUAAUGCCCCAUGGACCGAACAGGACGAGGAGGCAUUCGUUCAGGAGCUUUUGAAUGUUCAAUUGGACAAAGUCAACGCCUUCCAGGUCGAAACACUGAAGCAGCUGCGAGAGCGAACAGCCGAUUGCGAAUCCAAGCUGCGAGCACUAACUGACGCAGCCCAGGAUGAGGCUGCUACGGAUAUGGACGAUGCAGAGAAGCGGCAAAUCGCCUCUAGUGUCAUUAAGGAGCUAGACAGCAUCACUCGAGAGGUCAGUGAGCUGGAGAAAUAUAGUCGCAUCAACUUUACCGGUUUCCUCAAGGCAGCGAAGAAACAUGAUCGCAAGCGUGGAGCCCGGUACCGCGUCAAGCCCUUGUUGCAAGUGCGUCUGUCGCAACUCCCGUUCAACUCAGAGGACUACUCGCCGCUCGUACGCAGGCUCUCUGUCAUGUACUCCUUUGCCCGUGAAAUUCUGAGCAAGGGCGUGGUUGAAGCCAAGGAUCCGGCCGAGCCUCACUUUGGUCAAGACAUGUAUUCCUCAUUCAAGUUCUGGAUCCACGCCGAUAACGUCCUGGAGGCCAAGACAUACAUUCUACGCCAGCUACCCGUCCUCAUCUACAAUCCUGGAACCUCAAAAGACCUCGAUAUCCUGCCCGAUGAUCCUACAAUUACCUCCCUGUAUUUUGACAAUCGGCAGUUCGACCUUUACAAUCAGAAGGUCGCCCGUGCCGCCGAAGCGGGGUCUCUGCGACUGCGAUGGACCGGAAACUUGCAGGACAAGCCGGCCAUCUUUCUGGAGAAGAAGGUCGUGUCGGACGAUAACCGCAGCAGAGAGGUGAAGAUUCAGCUCAAACAAAAGCACGUGAAGGAGUUCUUGGACGGGGAGUAUCACUUUGACAAAAAGCUUCAGCGGAUGGAGACAAUGGGCAACGGCGAAUCGGAACAAGCAGAGUCGUUCAAGCAGGAUAUUGAGGAAUUGCAGUCAUUCAUCAAGGAACAUAACUUGCAACCGAUGCUUCGGGCUAACUACACCCGUACGGCGUUUCAAAUUCCUGGAGAUGAUCGGAUUCGAAUCUCCCUCGACACGAACUUGGCUUUGAUCAGAGAAGACUCCCUGGAUGAAGGUCGCCCAUGCCGGGAGCCUGAUCAAUGGCAUCGCACGGACAUCGACGAUGCAGGAAUGCAGUACCCUUUCAGCGGCAUCAGGACCGGGGAGAUUGUUCGUUUCCCUUAUGCGUUGUUAGAGAUCAAGCUCAGGGGCACUGCAGCACACAGUGCUGAAUGGGUCAAGGAUCUCAUGGUCUCCCAUCUGGUCAAAGAAGCUCCGCGGUUCUCCAAGUUUGUCCACGGCGUGGCGCAGCUCUUUGAGGAUUAUGUCAACAGCUUUCCAUUCUGGCUUGGUGCGCUGGAGAAUGAUAUCAGAAAGGACCCGGAAACUGCAUUUCACGAAGAACAAGAGCGAUUGGCCCAGCGAGCAGAAGAUGAUAUUGCAGUCGGAAGUUUCCUUGGGACUCGGAGUCCGUUGGCCAUGAGACCUUUGGUAGGUUCUCCAGUACAGAUGUUCACCGACAUUUCUUCUUCACCUCGCCGUCGACAGUCCUCGCAGAUGCUACCGCCUUCGCAGCGGCCAUCUGCUCCCGAAAUGGCCCCCGUUCCUGAGCGUGCCGAGCCCAGCCAACAACACCAAGAGGAUCAGCAAGAGGACCAGCCACCGGAACAACCAGUAACUCUGAAGCGCUUGGCCUCUCUCUUCCCGUCUUUCUCCGCCACGCGUAACAACCGCGGUCCUCGAAAUUCUGUCGUGUUGCCUCCUGGAGUUCGGGAACCGGGCACAUGGAUCAAGGACUCUGGGCCUGUCCGUGUCGAGACCAAGGUCUGGCUCGCCAACCAACGUACAUUCAUCAAGUGGCUCCACAUCAGUAUUCUUCUGUCUUCUCUAUCGUUGGGUCUAUACAAUGCAGCCGGGAAACACAAUGACGUUGCUCGUGCGUUGUCGAUUGUCUACACGGCCUUCGCCAUCUUUGCCGCUGUUUGGGGAUGGUAUAUGCACGAGAAGCGGGCCAGAUUGAUCCGGCAACGUAGUGGACGAGACUUAGACAACACCUUUGGACCCAUUGUUGUCUGUAUUGGAUUGGCUGUUGCUUUGGUGCUGAACUUCGCCUUCAAGUACAACUCCACCCUUGAGAAGAUCCGAAACGGCCAACCUGCCGCCGAUCUCCCUCCUUCCGUGAACGUUACCGGGUUCAUUAACAAGCCGAACAUGUGGCAGUUGGUCAACCAAGGCGGACAAACCCUGUAGCGAGCCUCCCUUAACCCCUUGGUCGGGUAUCUGCUUGCUUGUAUAUGACCGAGUCUGCAGGAGAUCCCAAGCUCCUGGCUGACAUAGAUGCAAAUGAGUGGCUGGUUUCGCCAGCCUUUGAUGUAUUGAUAGACUGUCUUUGGUAAAAUGAACAUGGCGCUAUUUUGGGGGGAAUCCAGGAGAGGAUAUAUGGACAAAGGUUCGGUCAAAAUUGAUGAUGCUUAUGUCAAAUGACAAACCACAAACCCGAUUAUUGUCCUUGCCUGAUGUUUCAGGGCUAGCCACUCGAGGCGAAAUCACAUGCUUGCAUUACCCACGGCUUAUUUCCAUAUGGCAUAACUUGAUACCAAUCUCUAUCACC